AUGCAUGGGCCAGCUGCAGCUGGGAGUAUUGCAGUCACAAUAGCUGCCCGGGGAAAGAGACGUCUUAUGGUGUGCAGUAAAGGGCCUCGGUGGAACAUGGGCGGGAUCAGGAGCUGGAGCUGGAGCUGGAGCGUGUCUAAGACAGUUGGUUUACUUCAAGGCGAGAUCACGGCAGAGUGGGGUGAGUUGCCAAAUACGCCGUGA